AUGAGAGAAAAACGCCGAUCGAAUUCCUCAUCGAGGGCCGUCUGGGUGGCGUUGGUUGUUGGUAUCUGCUGCCCUCUGGCAGAAGCAGGUGAAAGAUGGUCCCGCCAGUUGACGGAGUUCACGGGCGGACCGGUAUCCGGCAACGACUGGAUUCCCUUGUCUCGUCCCGGCUCCGAACGUCAAAGCGGUGCCCGAGUGCUAAACUACUUCACGGCUCCACAGCAACCUUCCUUCUUGGACAACACGGCGCAACCGCAGCAGCACCACUUCACCUUCCUUAACCACCAGUUCCCCCAAUCGAACCGAUUCCUGCUCCAGCAGCCUCCACAACAGGAGCUACUCGAGCAAAAUCAACCAUUCCAGCUGGGCAGCUUCCGGUCCGGAUCGCCACCGUUUGUGGGCCAAACAAUUCAGCAUCCUCCGCCCCCUCCGCCACCGCCACCACCAUCGUCCACGAAUCCCUUCGAGCAGCAGUUUCUCUCUAAGUCGCCCCUUUCGGAGGCACUGAUCCAGGAGGACAACAAGCAACCGGGAUCUCCGCACGAUCAACAGUCGUUCUCGUACCAGCACAUACGCCAACAGGAACCCCAACCGACCGGUGGACAUGCACCGAGUGGAGGCGCAGUAUCGCAAGAGGAAGUCCAGCUCCUUUACGUUCCCGUCGAGACUCUGUACAACCAGAACCAGAAGCAGGAAAUCAAUCGGUUCAACUCGCUCCCGCAACCGGUCAGCCCGUCGAUAAUCAACGACUUCUAUACAUCCGCGGCUACAACCACCACCACUCCAAAGCCACCACCUCCUCGCACGAGUGCAGCCACCUUCCCUCCACCGUCACCGUCUCGCUUCCCGACAUCCAGCGCACUGGAUAGCUCGGUGUCACGCUCAUCGUUGAGUCCUUCGCCGAAACCGAAGCCAAACCAACCUCCGCUAGCCCUCUUCCUGUACCACGAUGACCCUCGGCAGAGCAAGCUGUCCACGAACGAAGCCCUCGGGGGAUUGAAAAACAUCAACGAGAUUGCGGUGCUGGAUUCGGUGGGUAAAAACUCUCCCAAGGUGUUCAUCGGUCCGUCCGGACUUGCGCCCCCGAAGAGCUACUCACGCUUCGAUCUGCCCUAUCUGUCCAGCGUGGACCUGUCAUCGAACCGAUCGAAUCGGAAGAUCGAAGAUCUGCCCUUCUUCGUCGCACCGCUCAGUUACAAAACCCCAAGUGGGUAUGCCAAGAUUUCGCUGCCACCUCCGCACGUUGGCUCCAUCGUCGUUCGUCAGAGUAGCAGCAGUAAUUCGCUCGAAAAUGGCGCCUUCUAUACGCGCCCAACGGCUCAAAGCAACGUGCAGUACUACACACCAUCAACGUUGAACUUUGCUGACUCCACAACGACCAAGGCACCGUCCAUCACGCUUGGUUCCUCCGGAAAGCCGAUCUACGACGCGGACCACUAUACGUCCCCAACGGGUAAGCCAACGUCGUCGAACGAUCGUUCCGUGCCGCAGUACACUUCUGGCUUCAACGGACCUCCCCCGAGCCGGCAUGCGGUUAACGAAGAGUACUUCAACCUCGCCAAAACCAGGAAGCCAACCACAACUCCACCGACCACGCCAAACUAUCCGGUACGUUCGUACGGAAGCACGCGCCAGUUUGACUUCAAACCUAUGCCGAACCAGAAGAUUCCUCCCUCGUUCUAUCCGGUGGAGGAGGAUGAGCCCGAGCCAGCGACAACGACGACCUUCGGUACAACGACGACCGAGCGACCGACCACGGCGCAGCUGCACUUCGAAGCGGAACGCAUGAGAACCCACUUCCGUGAGGAAAACUUCCGUAGUCGUCGUCCAUACCAGCACCAACACCAGCAGCAGACAACGGCCGCAUCACCCAACGAAGCCGUCGAAACUCCCUCCCAGCAAGGACAUUUCGUGCACAAGUUCAAACUCGUCGACUCGGUAAAGCCAACUGCCCCGACGAGACCUAGCUCGACCUCGGUCGUCGAUAACGGAUUCCUGGACUUCUUCAGCCGGUCUCCGCAACAGCAGCAGCAUGAGGACGAGAUGAUCAAGACGACGAUCACGACGAACCUUCCGGGAGAUCAGGACCGCCAGGUCAUUCGCAACAACUACUAUCAAGCGGCGGCCGCGAUCAACGAAGAUUCCGGACCAAACCGGCCCAAGUUUGUCAGCACCUACUACAGUCCCUCGUCAACUGCGGCUGCGGCAACAACCCCGGCAACGCUGACGACGCAAGAUCUAUUCUUCCGGGAGUUCGAGCAGAAGAGUAAAUUCUAUGAGCGCGAACCGAAGUACGAAAGUCCCAGCUACCCGACCACCGUUGGGACAACCGGAGCAAGCUAUCGCAACAAGUACUCGUACGAGACGGACUCCAGCUUCAACGAGUCUCCCCGCUACUCGGUGGAAGUGAUCACAACAAGCGAACCGACAACGGUUACGGUGGAUCCAUCGCAAGGAACCACUGGACAGCAGCAGUACAGCAUUCCCUCGGAGUUGCCCCCAAUCAGUGCCAACCUGCCGGGUCUGGUGAACGCGCUUAUGGACGAUCAAUGGCCUCUUAAGACCGGCGACCGGCAGGCAACGCCGUCCACAACGUCGACCUCCACGAACGGUAACACAAGAGCUCCUCAUUUCCGCAAGCAACUACAUCGUACGACGACGCAAGAUUCCUACGAUAUUGAGCAAGCUACAACCACCCGCAGACCACUGCAGCGAGGACGUCGACCACAUCCAUCUCGCACGACCACAUCACCACCCACCGGAGCCGGAGCGCCCAAUGAACAACCGUCCAGCUCCACCAGAGCACCCAUUUCGCGAUCACGAUCGCGUUACGUUCCCAACAACGAAGAACGAUCGGCAUCACGCGGACGCAGCCGCAGUCGUUCGACGACCCCGCGUGGACCACUGAAGGAGGUGGAGAAUCUGGACUAUCAGCGGGAUGUGCUGAAGCAGAACUAUCCCGUCAUACGCCCGCAAUCCCAAAGCCUUCCCGUGACUACAACUCCCGCUUCGACGACGACCAGCGCCACCACUCCAUCGACCACGCUGAGCUUCCGAGAAGUUUACGAGGAUCAAACGGAACGGCUACUUGCGACCACCCUGGCUAACGAAGCUCCACUUGAGGCCGACCUCCAGCAGGUGACGCGCAAGUACUCGGAGUACUACGAACCGGAAGCGGUAGUUACCACGGUACUGCCUCCGCAAACAACCAACUAUUUCGUUCCUUCCGUUUCGAGCCAACGUGGGCAGCAACAGGAGGAUUACUCGGCGGUCCGUGGAGGACAGGAGGACUACAUUCGCUCGCAGGAAGUUAUCCCGUUGGCUCGCGAUCCGGAACAUUCCGUGAUUCCGUUGCGUUCGCAAAACGUAGCGACCGAAGCACCACCGGCCCCGCCACAGUAUCAACCGGUGACGGAAAGCGAAGAAAAGCUUACCACCGCCUACGGUCAACCGCUCGAUGAGCCGAUGGAACUCAAGAAGGUAGAAAUCACUCCCCGCCCUCGCCGUCCCGGACUCGUUUCCCGACAGCGUGAUCCGCAACAGAACUACUACUCACGUACGACGACCGAACCGACGACAACCGUUCGCACCACAACGCCGGAACCAGGAGUAGUUGGUUCGCGGACAUCAGGACGCCGACCGGCAUUCGUAAGACGUCCAUCGCGUUUGUACGCCACAACUACCGCCGCACCGACAUCGCCGACCACACCGGCUGGAAACAAUUACGAUCAACAACAGUCGACGCAAGGAACUUAUACCGUGCGUACCAAAAACCGACAAGACAUUCUACGAGGACGUACACGUCGUCCAACGACCACUACGGAACCAACGGCCGCCGCUACAACCGCCUCUCCGGAGGCUCCGGUGACGCGAGCUUUUGGAAGAGGCAGCAGUCUGCGUCGCAUCUCACCUACCGCCCGUUCCAGACAACAAGAGCCAACGGCUGCACCGACAACCCAACAACCUGCACCAGCGAGCAGCAGUGGACCACGUUUCCGGAUCCGCGAACGCACCCGGUUCAAUCUACAACCACAAGAGUCGCAGUGGUCGACCAAGUUGAACCAGAACUCCUUCCAGCCCGUGCUGAAGACGGAGGGACGCGGAGUCGGCGAUCUCGAGCAGGAGAACGUAUCCACCGAACCGGAACCGGAAAUCGUGACGGCCGCACGCGAGGCCGAAAUGUAUUUCAUGAAUGUUUCGUCGAACUACGGCCAGAAGGACGGAACUCAACAGGAAACACAGACUGAGGACAGCACGGAAAAUAGUGUUCCCUCGUUUGCGGACCUGUUGAACGAUGUAAUGAAGGAUUUUAUCGACGAUAACAGUCAGAAGAAAACGACCACGGACGAAAAGCAGCGCCAGACAAGCGACGUGGACCAACGGAGGCCAGUCAAUUUCCGCAACAACUUCCUACGCAAGCGGGGCCGAUCAAAGGUGGUCGAUUCAUUCGAGACGGCCGAAUCACAACAUAUUAACCAUGCGGCUCAGGUUUACAAUGGCCAGGCACCUCACUACGGUGAGUCGGUGAAGCACAUCGAUCAGGCGAUACUUUCGGGUAAAAAUGUUUCGCCAAAAACCGUUGGUAAACUGCAUCACGAAGAAGAGGUAGAAAAUACGGCCCAAGAGGAAUCGACUGUAGCACCGCACGAGGAUGGUUCCAAGCAUGAAACGGAAACCGAAGAAACGGAUUCUGAGGAUCUGGUUACCAUUUUGCCAUCGGUGGAAAAUGCUGGCACCACGGUUGGACCAUUGAGCGACAGUGUAAGCACCACGUCGAAGCCGACUGAAGAAGUCCCGACGUUGGCAAGUUUAGAGCAAACGUCGACGAAUCCUCCGCAACAGCAGGAUCGUGUCGAGGUCACCACGGUAAGUGCUGUUACUGUCGAACCUGCCUUCGAAGAGGAACUAACGGACUCUUCGGAAGAGAAGAAAGACCGUGAUGAGACACCACCAGCGAGUAGUUCAUUCGAUCAGGUGAAAAAAAUGGUUUCCGAUUACUACAAGGUGGUAGAGAACGAUUCCGAAACGGAGGAAGUGGUCGACGGUGAUGUGCUUCCGGGGGAAGCGGAUGAUGUAAUAGAAGAGGAAGGAGACUUCUUCCGUGCCACGGACGAACCGUCGUCCGAGAACGAGGAGCUAGCGCCGACCACGGACAUGACACCGAGCGAGACGCUCUUUGUGCCCGUAACAGCCGAGCCGCCUGCAGUCAAUCCGAUGGGUUCGCUCGUCAUUCCCACGUCCGUUUCGAAUGGGAUCACGCACGAGACGGAGAUUUGCUACCGAGGACGCUGCAUAAAGACAGAGGACGACAAGCGGAAGCGAAAAGACAAACUAAACUAA